UGGCAAGUCAACAAGAAGAGGUAAAUUCAAUAUGAAAUCAUGGCCUAUGCUCAUUCCUUUCUCCCUCCUUAAAGUGGGAUGCUGACGUUAUUAAGUUUUGGAGUGCAGCCGUGACAAGUUACCAAGUAAGAUCUAACUCAGUCCUACUAUAUACUCAUCUCAGCUAGACAUGCCAUGAACCAACCACUGAACUUCGAGAUCCAGAACAAAUCGCAGCUGAUCUCGUCAAGGACUUGCCCUUUAAAUCUCAGUAAAUACAAUGCGUUUCAUGUCCUCUCUCGAUAGCUCAUCAAUCUCUUUCUCUCUAUUAGACUUAAUGCCACUGUACUUGAUCAUGAACACGACUUUGUUUCGAAGGAAGAAACACAGUCUGAAACACCACAUACGGAGCCAGUCAUCCAUACACCAUCCAAAGACAUAUUAGAGCCUAGUGAGCCUAUGUUUGAAGAACCAAAUCCUGUCUAUGAAGCACCAGAAGAACAGGCGAUGGAUACCAAUGCUUAUGAGCAGUACUAUACAGAUCAGUCAUUUAUGCAGCCACCUCCAAUGCCACCGCCUACCACAUCAGAAGAAAACGAAUUAUUUUCCAAUGUGAUCAUGUCAUGGUAUUACGCUGGAUACUAUACUGCUUUAUAUCAGGCAAGUGUUGAUAUCUUUUCUUAAAACUUAUUAUUCUUUAAUAGGCUCAACAGCGAAACCAUUAA